UACCCUGCGUUGGUAAUGGAAAGCGUGUGUCGCCUUCUAAGACGAGGAUCAAAAUUGUCUUAUCCAUAAAAAUAAAAAAAUAACUAUAUACUUUUUGUACAUUUUGUUCAGUUGGGUUCUUUAAUGCGAUAUGGAUGACGAGGAGGAAACUUACAGGCUGUGGAAAAUCCGCAAAACCAUCAUGCAGCUCUGCCAUGACAGAGGCUACUUGGUGACACAGGACGAGUUGGAUCAGACUCUGGAGGAGUUCAAGAGUCAGUUCGGAGACAAGCCCAGCGAAGGCCGACCCAGACGCACUGACCUCACAGUGCUGGUGGCACAUAACGACGAUCCCACAGACCAGAUGUUUGUUUUCUUUCCCGAGGAACCCAAAGUGGGGAUAAAGACCAUCAAAAUGUACUGCCAGCGGAUGCAGGAGGAGAACAUCACCAGGGCCAUCAUUGUGGUUCAGAUGGGCAUGACGCCCUCGGCCAAGCAGUCUCUAGUGGACAUGGCCCCCAAGUACAUAUUGGAGCAGUUUCUGCAGCAGGAGCUGCUCAUUAACAUCACAGAGCAUGAGCUUGUUCCUGAGCACAUCGUCAUGACGAAAGAGGAAGUGACUGAACUUCUCGCCAGAUAUAAGUUAAAGGAAAGCCAGUUACCAAGGAUACAGGCCGGAGACCCCGUGGCUCGCUACUUUGGAUUGAAGAGAGGACAGGUUGUGAAAAUCAUUCGACCGAGUGAAACGGCUGGCAGGUACAUCACCUACAGGCUGGUCCAGUGACGGACAGUUCUUCUGAAUCGGCAUUCAGGACGGAUAAAAUCCAAUUUUUGCCUGUGGAUGGAAUUUCUCUUUGUUUUUAACUUCUUCAGAUUCCAUUUUUGUUAUUUACUGAUUUUUGUAAAAUAAAGUCAAUUCAAAUACG